AUGGAAUAUUUUCGUUGCUAUCGUAGUUGGAUGUACGAUAAAACAUUACCAGGCAGACGUGGACUUACACCAAAUUUUGAGAAAGGAGUUAAGGGGUUUAUCACGUUGGCAUUUGCACAAGAAUGUUGUCGACGUGAAGGAAGAGUAAGAUGUCCUUGUCUUAAAUGUGAAUGUAGACCUAUAAUUAGUGACCUAGAGGAAGUAGAACGUCAAGAAUGUUGUCGACGUGAAGGAGGAGUGAGAUGUCCUUGUCUUAAAUGUGAAUGUAGACCUAUAAUUAGUGACUCAGAGGAAGUAGAGCGUCAUUUGAAGAGGAAGGGUUUCAUUAAAAAUGAUUGGGUUUGGACAUAUAAUGGAGAACAACUGUCGAGUAAUGUACAUGCAGAGAUAAGUAAUACACACACAUCAAGCAGUCGAUCACAUAUGGAAUUUGAGGAAUAA